GCCGACCACAACCACUGUGGGAGCACACCACGGAGCUUAAUUAUAUAGUUACACACUAUCUUGGCAUAGAGACUAGGUAGGUAGCGCUACGUGGCCGAGAUCAUGGCGUUAGUGCGGGAGCCGAUGGUGAUGUACGACGGCGGCUUCGACGCCGAGGCAUCCGCGUUCGACGCGCUCGGCUACGGCGGCCACGACGCGCCGCUCGGAGGCGUGGACGCGGCCGCGCUCUUCGGGGGCUACGCCUACGCCCAUGACGAGCCAGCCGGCGCCGCCAGCGCCUACGUGCCGGACAGCGCGCGGUGGGCGUGCGCGGGGCCGUCCGUGCUCGCGUUCGACCGCGCCGCGCGGGGCCACGGCGGCCAGGUGGUCGCGCAGGAGGAGGCGGACUGCGACGCGUGGGUCGACGCCAUGGACGAGGAUCAGCACGCGGGGCCGGCGUCGACAAUAGGGUUUGACCCGGCCACGGGCUGCUUCAGCCUGAUGCAGAGCUCCGGCGGCGCGCGGCGGCCGUUCGGGCUCCUGUUCCCGAGCACGUCCAACGCCUCGACCGAUACCGCGGCGCCGGCACGCGGUUCGUCCAAGCGAUCGUACGCGGCGCGCGUGCAGGACACGGAGCCCCGGGCUGCCAAGAAGCCGUGCGGCGCGAGCAGGAAGACGAGCAAGGCGAAGCCAGCGGCGGCCACCGCCACCUCUCCCAAAGGGGACCCGCAAAGCCUCGCCGCAAAGAACCGGCGGGAGAAGAUCAGCGAGCGGCUCCGGACACUGCAGGAGCUGGUGCCCAACGGCACCAAGGUCGACAUGGUCACCAUGCUCGAGAAGGCCAUCGGCUACGUCAAGUUCCUGCAGCUGCAAGUCAAAGUGCUGGCGACGGACGAGUUCUGGCCGGCGCAAGGGGGAAAGGCGCCGGAGAUCUCCGAUGUGAAGGAGGCGCUCGACGCCAUCUUGUCGUCGCAGACGGGGCAACUCAACUGAACUUCGCUAGAAAGGAAAAAACGAUUAUAGCUUGCCUAUGCACGGAAAAACAAGGAUAUAUGGUAGUGAUUCGCUCGAAGAUAAAUAAGGAGCCAUAUGCAGACGUACAUCUUCUUGUUGAUGUGAUCAUGUAGAGGAGAGAAGUUUAACAUUUUGUUAAUCCUAGUAUUUCUGUAUCUGUUCAUGUGUUGUACUAAUACGUGCUGCUAUCACUUUUCUUCAAAACCAUAAUCAUGUAUACUUUACUUGAUCAAA